AUGAGCUCAGUGUAUGACAUAAAUGAAGUCAAUAAAAUUUUACGAGAUUCAAGAGUACAAAUAUGGAACACAACAGCCGCUUUAUCAGCAUCAAGAACAGGGCAACACCCAAGAGACAGGUCGAAAUAUACACUGGCUGAUGCAGAGUUUCAUCUUCGAAAUGAGAUCGCAAAUGUUGAAAGUGUUCAACAAUUUUUAGAUACAGAUGUUAGUAAUCAAUUUCAGGAUAUGGCUGUUGUUGCCGAAGUCAUUGCAAAUAUUUUGAAGAAUGAAAAAGCUUAUUUAGAAACAGAAGCACAAGUUGCGGAAUUUAUCCCAAGAUUUCAGAACUUUAUGGGUAGCAUGAACUAUUUUGCUCCUGCAAUCAAAAACGUCACGAAAUUGAACAUUGAAGAAGGAGAAUCGUCAGAUAUUGUCGGAAGAAAUGACUUCUAUCUUCCAUCGAAAGAUGAGAAGUGCCGUUAUUGA